AUGUUUCCAUCUGCUGCAUUACAUGCGAAGAAAAGUCUUCUAGCACUGUUUUUUGCACUAGUUAAGCGUACAAAUAUAGUAAUUCAUUCACCAUGUAUGUCAAAUGAGUACCUCUUCUUUUUCAAAAUUCAAAAUGCAUCAAACCGACAGUUGUUCGACUCUGAAGAAGAUGCUGCAAUAUUUUUGGGAUUACUCGAUUCACUAUUCAUGUUUUCGUAUGCUCUCGGUUUGUAUGUGAGCGGAUGGCUCGGAGAUAGGUUUUCUCACCGGAAAGUUCUUUUCGGUGGAUCUGUUUUUUCUGCACUCAUCAUUUUUCUCUUUGGAUACGUUACCGAGAUUAGUCAUUUUUAUAACAAACCAUUUUAUUGUGUAUUGUGGAUUUUGAAUGGACUGACACAGUCCACUGUCUGGCCCUCUGCCGUUGCCAUACUGAACUCACGCGCCGGGAGUUUUCGUGGAUUUGUCCUCGGUACUUGGUCAUCUUGUGCAUCAGCCGGGAACAUUAUCGGUGAUCUGCUGGUCGGCGUCCUGGUACCAUUUGGUUACCAUUAUGGUUUCUUGGUCCCGUCUGUCACGAUGUUUGCCUUUUCUUUCAUGCUGUUAUUUGGACUGUCGGACAAGCCUUAUGCUUCUGAGCAUACUCUUUUCCCAGAAACAAAUUCCGCGGAAGAGGAAAGUUUAAUGAACAAGCAGCCCUCGUCUGCUCCUAGAAAUGUAUCGUUUUGGCGAGUUUUUGCGGUUGGUGGGGUGAUAUUUUCUUCACUGGCAUAUGCAUGCAUCAAGUUGGUGAAUUAUGCACUGUUUUUCUGGCUCACAUUCUACUUGACCUCGAAUUUCGGUUGGUCCAAUAGCGAUGCAUCCACAUUCUCUGUGUGGUAUGAUGUUGGUGGAAUACUUGGAGGUGUUGUUGCCGGACUAGUCUCUGAUCUAAUUGUUCGCUAUAUGUCACGAAAUGCUGUGAUCCUAUUGUUCAGUGUUUUCGCUGUUCCCACCCUCCUCGCUUACCGGUAUACCCCACCUAAUCCGGCCUGGUUGAACGGUCUUGUCAUGGGAAUUGCGGGCCUAAUGGUCGGUGGCCCUGCGGUUCUAAUCAGUACUGUCGUGAUUCGAGAUUUAAGCGAAACCGAUGAGUUGAGUGGUGCUCGCACUCAAGCCACUAUUGCCGGGAUUAUUGAUGGCACUGGCAGUUUGGGGGCUUCGUUGGGUCAAAUUCUGAUACCUUAUUUGGCAUUCCGUUUCGGUUGGUCGUCUGCGUUCUACUUGUUUAUGACCUGUAUGAUUCUCACAUGCUUUUGUGUACUACCGUUGUGGAUCAAACAACGUAUCAAAGAAAGACACCGCUCAUUGUCCACUUCAAAUGACAAUAUCUACUCCCGACUGUAA